CAGGAGCGGGUGGGGCGGCUAAGGCAGCCCAGGCCUGCGCAGGGGACGGGGACGGGGACGGAGACGCGACGGGGCCGGCCGGCGCCUGGGACUCGGAGGGAGCCCUUGGGCCGAGACAGCAUGUGACACUGCCCAGCACUCAGCCCCGAUGGAGGCUGAGGACCCCCAGCAUGGAGCACCGACUGCCAUUCCUGCCAUAGUGGAAUGCGGUGUCCUCCCUGAAGCUCUCAUGAGAAGUGGCCAGACCCCCGCCGUGGGGCCCGCGGGUCACGAAGGCCAGGACCCAUCCUAUAAGUGGGCAGAGGGACGCCGACUCUUGGAGACCCAGCAGAGAGAUUUAAGAGAUGUGAAUGACUGUGCACCUGUCAGGAUGACCUCUUUCCCCAAGGAUGCCCCUGCAGAUGUGGAGACCGACCAGGAAAACCUAAUGGCUGAGGCCUGGGACACUCCAGAGUGCCAGGAGGCAGUGCCCCAGAGCCCAGCAGAUGGACAGGCAAAGGCAUUGGCUUCCCCAGAGCUCUGGGCCUGCCCUGUCCAGGGUGACCAUCUGGACAAGGUCCCAGUAUCCAGUGAGCUGGGCAGCGGAGUGGAGCUGGGAUUUAGACCAGGACUCGCUUCCGUGAUGCUGGGGACUGGACAAGCAGAAGAGAAGGAGGAAAGUUCUCCAGACGCCUCUGCUCAGACUCCGUGCUCGCCUUUCUGUGAAGAGCACCCUGCAGAGACCAACCCCCUGCAGGAUUCUGAAAGUGGGACCAGCAGGCAGGGGGAGGAGCUGCAGUCUAUGGGAGAGCAGGGAAGUCCAGGGAGAGGAGGGCUUGUGUGUCCCCAGGAGGCCGAGGGGCUGCAGGAACAGGGACAAGAGGAGGUGGGCUUUCCAGGGGGAGGAGCCCUGGGGGAGCCCAUUUGUUCUGAUGGGCUUUUAGGGGAGCAGGAGCAGGUGGGAGCACAGGUUAAUAGUAUAGAGGGAGAACAGGGGCAGAGACAGGAGCAGAUACAAGGUGAUGUGAUGCCUGCAAAACCAGGAGGAAGAGACGGGCUUACUGGGACAUUGGAAGGUCUGAAUUAUGAAGAGUGGGAGAGGCGGGCUCAGGGCCACGAAAGUCUAGAACAGAGGGAACAGAGGAAGACGGAGUAUAGGGGGCCAGGAAAGAAGAGGGGGGACAUGCAGCACGAGGAGAAGCAAAGCUUAGUGGGGAAAUCGCUGAAUGGAACUAGAAGGCAAGAACCUCAGGGGAAAGGGAUGCCAGAGGAGGGACCAGACAACUGGGAUGGGGUCCUGCUCGGGGACAUGGGAGGAGACAGGAGCACAGGCCAGGGGGAAGAGCGUAACGGUUGUCCCACAGCGGCUCUGGUAGCCCCCGAGGUCUCUCCUCCUUGUGACUUGUUUCCAGAUGCCUGUAGUGCUCUGGCCAGGAUUCCUGGGACUCAGACAGAGCCGAGGGCUGAGGACCUGUCCCCUGUAGCUCUGAAUCCUACCCUGGAGCCAACAGGACGGUCCCGUCAGCCCAUUUCUUUGCUGAGCUCCCUUCCCACUGGGGAGUCACCUGACCACGAAACAGCUCAGGACAGCCACCCGGAGGGAGCCGAGUUGGGGAAGCAGGCCGAGUCCAGCCGGGGGACUGAGGCGGUCUCUGGCCGUACAUCUGUGACUCCUCCAGGGACGCUAGACUCAGCUCCUCCCAGUCCUGCUGAAUUUGCCCUCAGCACAGCCGUCUCAAUAGCGGCCAGCGCCCCUGUUGCCAUUCCCAGGAAGAAGCCCUCUCUUGCUGCGUGUUCUCCAGAAACCCCAGGAGCCUUUCUCUUGACUGAAAACCCGUCUUCCUGUGGGACUCCCGAAACUCUCCAUGGCUUCCCCACUGCAGAAGCCACCAUGGACCCGUGUGGCAGCUUGGACUGGGCCAGCCCUCAGAGCUCCCUAGACAACUACGCAGGGGCUGCCCAACACCUGAGGAGCAACUCCUUCCCGGGUUCUCACAGGACAGAGCUGACUCCGGACCUGGAAGGAAUAUCACUUUCCUUCUCACAUUCAGAGUUACCCCAGAGGCCCCCCAAGCCUGCCAUCUAUGGCUCUGUGAACCCAAGAAGGUACAGGAAGAGCAGUAGGGACUGCAGCAGCAUUCCAGAAUCCCCUACUUCAUUGUUCACUCUGGGGCAGGGCUCUCCAGAAUUUCCCUUAGUUCCAGGGAUCCCCAGCAGCUGGCUGCUGCGGGGCUCCCCAAAUAACUCAUCCUUUGCCCCAGGCUCUCCUGUGUAUGGCUCUUCGCCCCCCCUUGUCUUUGUAGACGGGCAGGCCCAGGAACCUCCGCCCCCUCCGGCCCCACAGAAGAGGCACGUCUACCCCGCCAUGGUGGAGCGAGACGGCCAUCUCCGUGCAGUGGUCCCCACACUGAGGCAGUGUAGCUAUCCUCCUCCAUUGGCCCUAAGUUCAGGGCAACGUGGGCCCCCCAGAGGCUCACUUCCCGAAGUUCCUGACCCCCUUGUGGCAAGGCAGUACCGACCUCUGCCCUCUACCCCAGACAAGCCUCACCAUCCUCAGACCUCUUCCUCCCCAAGGUCAAGGUACAACAAACCAUUACCCCCAACUCCUGACUUGUCCCAGCCCCACCGUUCUCCUGUUUCUUCUGAUAGUAGCCCAAGAAUCUACAGGCCUCUCCCCCCUGUCCCUAUCAUAGACCCUCGCACCGAACCACCCCCAUUACCCCCCAAGUCCAGGGGGAGGGACAGGAGCAUUCAGGGAGGACCCAUGAAUUCAGGGGCUCAUGCUAAGCCAAAGCCUGUUGGUCAAGGGUGGGUGGUGUCCACUCCCCAUUCCGCUGGACGUACCUCCUGGCCUCCUGCCAUGGGCAGAGCAACAGACUCUUUGGCUUCCACCAGUAGGAGUAAGAGUGAAGUGCCCCCUGGCAUGGCCUUCAGCAACGUGACGACCCUUCUAAAUCCCUCUUCCCCAACCACCCCCUGGACUCUGGAUCUCCAGGGACUGCCCUCUGAACCAGGCCUCUCAGAAGAGUCUGAGGCCCGUGCUGGAGGAUCUUUGAGAAGAACAGUUCAGAAAGGAGCCAAUAGCCUGAGGGGUUCAGAUCCAGGGGGAGCAAGGCAGCCUGAAAAGCCCAGCCAUCCCCAUCUGGAGAAGGCGUCCAGCUGGCCCCACCGACGGGACUCUGGGAGACCGCCGGAGGGCAGCGGCGGACAGGCUGCCGUCUCUGGUGAGGGCUCGAGUAAGCACAAGGGCUGGCAUCGGCAGGGCCUGCGCAGACCCUCCAUCUUGCCCACGGCGGGCUCUGCGGAUACAAGAGGUCCAGCCCCGGAAAAAUCCUCUGGCUCUUCAGACACCAUUGUUUUUCGGGAGAAAAAACCAAAGGAAGUGAUGGGAGGCUUUUCAAGACGCUGUUCGAAGCUCAUCAACUCCUCUCAGCUGCUUUACCAGGAGUACAGCGACGUGUUUCUGAACAAGGAGAUCCAGAGUCAGCAGCGGCUGGACAGCGUGGCCGACGCCCCGGGGCCCGCCUCCCCCCGGCAGCCGCGGAAGAGCCCGGUCUCCUCCGAGUCUUACGUGCAGCGGCUCUCCAUGGCUCCCAGCGCCUCCCUCUGGCAGGAAAUCCCCGUGGUGCGAAACAGCACCAUGCUGCUCUCCAUGACCCACGAAGACCAGAAACUGCAAGAGGCCAAAUUUGAGCUCAUUGUGUCAGAGGCCUCAUACCUGCGCAGUCUAACUAUAGCUGUGGAUCAUUUUCAACAUUCAACCCAGCUCCGGGCCAUCCUUUCCAACCAAGAUCAGCAAUGGCUCUUCUCUCGUUUACAGGACGUGCGUGACGUCAGUACCACGUUCCUUUCAGACCUGGAGGAGAACUUUGAGAAUAACAUUUUCACCUUCCAAGUGUGUGAUGUUGUCCUGAACCAUGCCUCCAACUUCCGCCGGGUCUACCUGCCUUACGUCACCAACCAGACCUACCAGGAACGCACUUUCCAACAUCUGCUGAACACCAACAGCAGUUUCCGAGAGGUCUUGGAGAAGCUGGAGAGCGACCCCAUCUGCCAACGCCUUUCCCUCAAAUCCUUUCUGAUUCUGCCCUUCCAGCGGAUCACCCGUCUCAAACUGCUGCUCCAGAACAUUCUGAAGAGAACCCAGCCUGGCUCUGCAGAGGAAGCAGAGGCUACGAAGGCCCACCACGCCCUGGAGGAGCUGAUCCGAGACUGCAAUAACAACGUCCAGAGGAUGCGCCGGACAGAAGAGCUGAUCUACCUGAGCCAGAAGAUUGAGUUUGAGUGCAAAAUAUUCCCGCUCAUUUCACAAUCACGCUGGCUGGUGAAGAGUGGAGAGCUGACAGCCCUGGAGUUCAGUGUCUCCCCCGCGCUGCGAAGGAAACUGAACACGCGUCCAGUCCACCUGCAUCUCUUCAAUGACUGUCUGCUGCUGUCUCGGCCCCGAGAGGGUAGCCGGUUCCUGGUCUUUGACCAUGCUCCCUUCUCCUCCAUCCGGGGGGAAAAGUGUGAAAUGAAGCUCCAUGGACCUCACAAAAACCUCUUCCGGCUCUUCCUGCUGCACAACACACAAGGCACCCAGGCCGAGUUCCUGUUCCGCACGGAAACUCAAAGUGAAAAGCUUCGAUGGAUCUCAGCCUUGGCCAUGCCGAGAGAGGAGUUGGACCUUCUGGAAUGUUGUGAUUCCCCACAAGUACAGUGCCUCCGAGCCUACAAACCCCGAGAGAAUGACGAGUUGGCUCUAGAGAAGGCAGAUGUGGUGAUGGUGACCCAACAAAGCAGCGAUGGCUGGCUGGAGGGCGUGAGACUCUCAGAUGGCGAGCGAGGCUGGUUCCCUGUACAACAGGUGGAGUUCAUUUCCAACCCAGAUGUUCGCGCCCGGAACCUGAAGGAAGCCCAGCGAGUCAAGACUGCCAAACUACAGCUGGUGGAACAGCAGACCUAGCUAUUCUCUGGGAGGAAUCUCCUGAGCUUCAGGACAAGAUGUCCUUGGAGAGGGCUGGCCCCACAACCGUGCAACAGAGGCCUUUUGUGAACCAAGAACUAGACCUUCUGAGAACUCAAGGACAAAAUCCCGUUGCUAGUCCCAGCCUUCCUUUUUGUGUUUGUGCUUGGUCGGGAUUUUGAGGGACUUUGCACUGGACUCUAGAAACCUUUUCUCACAGGGAAAAAGACCAAUGGCGCCUACGCCAAGGAACUUGACUCCUACAACCAUACAGUACUUAAACAUUCUCUGCUUCCCGAGCGCAGAGUCAGAGCUGACCAGCGUUUCCAUCGUGGCCAUAUGUUAAACAGAAUCUCACCUCAGUUCACUGAAGGAGAUGUUUAAGGGGGAUUAGUAUUAUAACUCAGAUGGGAGGGUGACCUCUAAGGUAGCUUCCUGGUGACCUCUAAGGUAGCUUCCAACCCUAAAGAUUUUCCAUAAUUAUUGGUAUGAGGUCAGUGCAUGUAUCUCUGGGAUCUAUUAGUGGCGAUGUGAGGGUAAUACUCUCUCACUUUAAUAAACUUGGCACUUCUCUGA